AUGUCCGAUUUUCCCUCCAACGCCAGUACAACUUCCACUGAAGGGACUACCAGCACAAUGGAGAACGCAAAGAAUACAGUGUAUGACAAUGCAUCUGCAGCUGCCAACGCUGUUGGAAAUCAUCCUCUCACUCAAAGUGUCGUGAACGGCCCAAUGGCAGAUAAUGUACGAGACCAACAUCAAAAGACUCAAGCCGAGUUUUCCAACCUCGCAAGCUCUCGCACCACCCCUACCACUCAAACAGCUAACGGUCAACAACUCACACAUUACCAUUCCUUCUUCUACAACGUGUUAUCGUGGGAGAAUCCUCGUGCAUCUGGAAUUGCAUACCUUUCUACCGUUGCAUUCAUCUUCGCCGCCAGAUAUCUUGACAUCCUCCGAUAUUCAUUCAAGAUUACAUAUAUGACUUUGUUUGUGACUGUUCUCGCAGAAGGUCUUGGAAAGCUAGCUUUCUCGCAUGGACUCACUUCUCAAUUCAGACCUAAGAAGUAUUACACAGUUUCCAAAGAGACUCUCGAUAGCUUACUUGGUGAUGUCCAUGAACUUAUCAACUUCUUCGUCAUUGAGUCACAACGUGUUCUCUUUGCCGAGAAUGUAUUUGUUUCCCUGACUGCCUUGAUCGGAUCCUUCAUUUCCUACUACUUGAUUAAGCUCAUUCCAUUCUGGGGUCUCACUCUCAUCGCUACUUCAGUUCUCUUCAUCUCCCCACUUGUCUACAAGACCAAUAAGGAGCUCAUCGACAACACUCUUGCUCAAAUCUCGAGCAUUGUCAACCAACAAACCGAACAAGUCAAGCAACUUGCUAGUCAACACGCUUCCCACGUUGCCGAGACCACCAAGCAAUAUGCUGGAGAGUAUGCUCACAAGGCACAAGAAAUGAUCGGAAGUGCUAGAAGCCGCUCCGGAUCUCCAGAAGCUAGCAGAGUUGCCUCCCCAACUGCCAAGACUAACGGUAUCAAGGAGGAAGAUUUCCCAACAGCCCCAAAGGAGGAGUUCAAAUCCGGAAUUGCUGCUGAGGAGGAGCCACUCAUUGCUGCAUAA